GUCACGUGGUUUCCAGGAACCCGGCGGGGGGCGGAUAAAAGGGCCGGGCGGGGGAUGGCCGAGCUCCCCCCCCCCGGCCCCAGCACCGGGCACCCCGCGGCAUCAUGGCAGAGCUGCAGAACGAAGGGGACGCGCAGAAGCUGCGGUUCGGGCCCUGGCUGGUGAGCGCCGUCAGCAGCGGGAGCUACCGGGGGCUGUGCUGGACCGACCCGGCCCGCAGCGCCUUCCGCGUCCCCUGGAAGCACAACGCUAGGAAGGAUGUCACCAGCAGCGACCUGGAGGUCUUCAAGGCCUGGGCGAAGGCGAGCGGGCGGUACGAGGCAUGUCCCGAGGACCCGGCCAAGUGGAAGACCAACUUUCGCUGUGCCUUGAGGAGCACCCGCAUGUUCGUGCUGCUGGAAGACCGCUCCAAGUGUGGGGACGACCCCCACAAGGUCUUCGCCAUCGCUCCAGCCGCCCUCUGGCACGGCGAGGAGGGAGAUUUCAGCAGCCCUGACCCUCUGGUAGACCAGCAGCCGCUGCACCAGCAGCCCCAGCUGGCGCUCAACCCCCAAGAUGUGGCCUCAGAAAUCGCUCCCCCAGGCAGCACCAGCCCCCCCGACCCCCCGCUGCUGGAGGAGCUGCAGUGGGUGCUGCAGCACUGCGACAUCUCCGCCCGCGACCUUGGCCCCUCGGACCCAUCCUGGGCACCUGCAGGGGACGCCCCCCACCAGGACACCUUGCUCCAGCCUCACCCAGACCCCAGCCAAAACGACUGCCUCCCCGCGCCGGCGUUUCAGCGAUGGGUGCCUGCUGUGGAGCAGCCCCCCUUGGGUGCCUACAGCCCCCUGGCCCCCAUGCUGCUGGAGGAGCGAGGGGCCGUGCCGCCGCCGUGCCCCGCGCCGGGGGUCACGGGCCCCCUGGCCCCCCCGGGGGAUGCGAUGCUCUUCGCCCCCGCCGCCAGCCCUGUGCCACCGCUGCCAGAGGAGAGCACAGAUGGCAUCAUCCCCAUCCUGGAUGUCAGCAUCUACUACCGGGGGAAGCUCUUCCACCAGGAGGAGGUGGGGGGCAGCCAGUGCCUGCUGGCGUACCAGCCCUCCGACCCGGCGGUGGCCCUGCGCCCCGGGCGCCUGGUGCGCUUCCCCAGCCCCGCCGAGGUGGCCGACAGCAAGCAGCGGCGCUUCACCGAGGAGCUGCUGUGUGGCGCGGGGCUGCAGCUGGAGCAGCGCGCCCGCAAGCUCUUCGCCACCCGCCUGAAGAAGUGCAGGGUCUUCUGGGCCCUGUCCCAGCAGCUCGAGGACGCUGGGGACCCCCCCCCCAACCUGCUCUGCCGGGACCAGGAAACCCCCAUCUUUGACUUCAACGAGUUUUGCACAGAGCUGAGGGACUUCCGCAACCGCCAAAGGCAGCGCUCCCCUGACUUCACCAUCUACCUCUGCUUCGGGCAGUCCUUCUCCAAGGCCAAGCCCAAGGAGUCCAAGCUCAUCCUGGUCAAGCUGGUGCCCAAGUUCUGCGAGUACUGGUACAAUCAGGUGCUGCGGGAGGGAGCCUCCUCCCUCGACAGCAGCACCGUCAGCCUGCAGCUCUCCGACUCCUUCAGCCUCUUCGAGCUCAUCGAGCAGUGGAACAUGCAGAUAGACUGAGCCCCCCCCCAGCUCCCCGUGGCCCCCGGGGACAGGCACCAGCCCGCGGGGUCCAGUGGGCAUCGGGGGCUGUGCAAACCAGCAUCCUCCCAGGAACUCCACGAGGGGAUACCUAUGGUGGGGUCCUUUCCUCCUCUGCUCCCCCAACCCCAAGAAGUUUCACUGGCCGGUCCUGGAGCUGGCAUGUUGCUUUUCCCCUCCAUCAGCUGCUAACGUGUUUUCGUGGAGCCUGGUCAUUUACAGAUUUAUUUUCUUAAGUUUUCUAAGUUUAAAUAUACGCAUAUAGAAAGGCG